AUGACUUGGACGAUAGAAAAUCUUGGAAAUUGGAAUGUGAUACUCCCAACAUAUAACAAUUUUGUGAAUUGUUCUAUAAAUACAAGUCCCUUUGAAGUUAUUCAUGGUUAUGAAUCUAGGGAAAUUUUAGACCUUAUUCCCAUGUCCCCACAUGCUACUGUAUCUAUGUCAGUUGAGGUAGUUGUAUCACAUCUUUAUAACUUGCAUAUUGAGAUCAAUAAACAACUUAAACAACUUCAAGCUAAUUUGAAUAAGCUAAAUUUUGAAUUUAAUAUUGGGGAUUAUGUUAUGUUGCAAGAUGGGGAUGUAUACUUUAGUGUUCAAGCGUUUGAUUUCCUUCUCCCAGAACACACUAUUAAUGUGAAGUAUGAGGGAUUUGCUGAAGAUGUGGAAGUGGGUGUUGAACUUUUAGUAUAUGGUGAAAUGGUGAGAUUUCAAGCGAUUAAAAAAAUUGGUCCAGAUGUCAAGUACUGUUGUACAGAUCCCGAACUUCUGUUACCUCGAGCUAACCUUACCUUUUGGCAUGAUUCGAGCUUAGUUCAGGAGUGUAGUGCGAUGCUUCCAACAAUAUCUUUGAAGGAUUGGCUGGACAUUGAUUUUUGGAUUGCAGAAGGUGUUGAUUUUAUUGCUAUAUCAUUUGUCAAGUCAGCUGAAGUUAUAAAUCACCCUAAGAUCUAUAUUAAGGCACGAGCUCGUGAUGGUGACAUAUCUGUUAUUCCAAAAAUAGAAAGUAUUGAUUCAUUGAAGAACUUGAAGAAAACCAUUCAAACAUCUGAUGGUGCUAUGCUGGCAAGAUGCGAUCUAGGUGCUCAAAUUCCAUUGGAAAAAGUUCAAUCAGGACAAUAGAGAAGAUUCCAAAUCUACAGGAAAUUAAAUAGGCAUGUUGUUGUUGCCAGUUAGUUUGAAGUGGCUGAUAUUUCUGAAGCAGUACGUUAGCGGUCAGAUGCUUUACUGCUUUUUGGUGAGUCUGCCAUGGGCUAGUACCCUGAGAAGGCAUUGACUGUUUUAAGAAUUGUGAGUCUAAGGCUCCAAAGGUGGUGGACAAAGAAGAAACAUAAUGAAGCUAUAUAACUCCUGGGUGGCUUUGUCUUGUCAGACAGCAUUUCAGAGGAGAUUUGCAACUCUGCUGCUAAGAUGGCCAACAAUUUACGGGUGGAUGCUAUUUUUGUUUACACGAAGACUGGUAACAUGGCAUCUAUUCUAUCAUGCUGUCGACCUGACUAUCCAAUUUUCACAUUUACUAACUCGAAGUCUAUACGCAGACGUCGGAACCUGCAAUGGGGUCUCAUACCAUUCCGUUUGAGCUAUUCAAAUGAUAUGGAAAGCAACCUCAACAAGACUUUCUCCUUGCUCAAGGCCCAAGGGAUGAUUAAGUCAGGUGACCUCGUAAUUGCUGUCUCAGAUAUGCUACAAUCUAUUCAAGUUAUGAAUGUUCCAUGA